UCGUAGAAAUCAAUAAGUUCUUGCGAUCAGUUUGCUUAUUUUUCAAAAGCAAGACUUGAAGAUUUUAUUACUUUAGAAAGUGACUUUUGAGGACGAACCACGAUCGUAAAACAGCCACUUUUCUAAGAGAAAUUGCUCCUUAUGGUAGACAAAAAUAAAAAUCUUUUCACAUUUACUGACAUGUAAAAAAAAAUUAAAACUUCCUUUUAGUAGCACUCGGAGCUAACCCUAAGCAUCCAAAGCGAACAAAACUUUAUGUAAAAUCGUCCGGAAAAUUCGAAUUACUCGGAUCAAGUAUUUUUGUCGAAAACUUUGUCUAGUUAUGAUUUAUUAAAAUUUUUAAUUAAAACUUUAAUGACGUCUAAUCAUAUUCUUAUAGUUACAUAUUACAAAUUUAAUUUUCCAAUCUUUUUAUUAAACUUGAAACAACGUAUCCAGUUAUUCAUUUUACGUUUUUAUGUUCUUCUUGUGGAACGUCCGUUCCACAAAUUAGUUAUACUUUACGUACGUAUUUGCUCUCGUAGUAUGUACCUACUAAUUGCAGAAAUCUCUGCAAUUCCCACUGAAUAAUAAUUACUGAAUAAUCAAUGGGAAACACGUACCAAGCCAUAAAUAAAACCAGGACAACCCCGACCGUUACGAAUUUGUCAAAACUCACUUAUAGUUUUUAGCCCUUCGGCCAAUAAUGCAGUAUGCCGUCAGUCGGUAGCGCCGGGAGAAGCCUAUUCCUCCUCCUAGCCCCCUUUUUCCUUCUCCCCCUGGAGUCUUCAGCCGGCCUGGCCUGCCUCAGCAACCCCUGCGUGCACGGCGUCUGCUUGGACGACCUGAAUUCGACUUACUUCUGCUACUGCAUAGAUGGCUACACGGGAAUCCAGUGCCAGAAAAACUGGAACGAGUGUUGGUCAUCGCCUUGCAAAAACGGGGGCAUUUGCAUUGACGGAGUUGCCUCGUUUAACUGUAGCUGUCCGCCGGGAUUUGUCGGCGAAUUAUGCGAGGAAGAUUUCAACGAGUGCGAAAGCAACCCCUGUUUGAACAAUGGCACGUGUCUUGAUGCCGCCAACGGGUACUUUUGCAGUUGCUUGCCCGGGUAUUCAGGGGUUCAUUGCGAGGUGGAUGUGGCCGUUUGUAACGCCACCAACGAAACGAGGUGUGCGAAUGGGGGGAUUUGUGUGGAGGGACCUGGAGAUUCCUUUUCUUGUAAAUGUCAGCCAGGGUGGGAAGGACUUCUCUGUGAGGGUGAAGUGGACGAGUGUAUGUCGGCGCCGUGCCAAAAUGGGGCUGUUUGUGUCGACCUGAUGGCCGAUUAUUCGUGCGCUUGCCUCUUUGGUUUCUCGGGACGGAACUGUGAAGACACCGUGAAAAUUUGCGACGUCAAUCCUUGCGCAAACGGCGCUCUUUGCCUCAAGGAAGAUCGGCAACCAGUCUGUUACUGUGUUCCGGAUUUUCACGGCGAUUUGUGUCAGUUUCAAUACGACGAAUGCCAACUGGGGCCCAAAUGCAUGAAUGGUGGUACUUGUGUUGACGGAAUAGACAACUCCACUUGUUCGUGCCCGCCAAACCUCACAGGUGUUCAGUGUGAGUGCCUUAUUUUAGACAACGGUGGUUUGGACUGCACUUACACAAGUCCACAAACCGUUCCACCCAUUAGGACUUCAACCAUUUUUCACCCAACAACCACAGAAACAGAAGUGCCAAACACUACUACUGUCCAACCAUUUUCAACGACUAUUGCUUGGACUACCACUGAAGUUGUACCGCCAACAACAACAUACACACAAACCCAAAGUACCACUGAGUUAACUGAGACAAUCCUCGUCUACUCAACAACACCAAAAGUAACAGAAAUGAGUGUGGUUACCACCGAAACUGAACCAACAACCGAAACCACUUACAGUACCGUAACCACAACCGAAAUUUAUACAGAACCUGUAUUUACUACCACUACGGGUAAAAUUAUUACCACAAUGUUGUCAACUGAAACUUCCUCUUUUCCUCCCGUUACCACUUUCCUCCCCAUGACUUCCACCCCCAAACAAGAAUCAAACUUUUCUCUUCCCGACGAAACAACAACCUCCUUUUUUACCAAAAAACCGGAGACAACAACUGCUCUCACGGCCUUUUUCACCGAAACAACAACAAAACUAUUGACUGACACCACCGUUGUUCCCUUCGACUGUACGAAAACCCACUGCCAGAAUGGCGGGACAUGUGUUUACAAAUCCGAGUUAGGAUAUCAAUGUUUGUGUCCUUUUCACACCGAAGGCGACUUUUGCGAGCUUAAAAUGGGCGUGCAAAAGGCGGCUUUCACCGGCCAGUCGUACCUCAAACACCGACUUCCCGACAGUACGAACAUUUCAAUAGAAUUAGAUGCAAAAACACUGUCUUCGAAAGGUUUGCUGUUCUAUUCUAAUACGGACUCGACUUAUAUGGUACUAUACAUCGAAAAUGGUCAUUUGAAAUUUAAAUUUUCGUGUGGGUACCAAACUAUGUUACUUAGCGAACUCAAAGUGCCCGUGAAUAAUGGUGAUCUUAUGAAAAUCAAAGCAAAAUUGGAGUUUAGCAAAGACCUGAAGCGAUGCGAUGCUUCAAUCAAAGUCAAUGAUUCUCUUUCAAUGACUGGGGACCAGCUAGCACUCAAAAGACGCUUUUCCAAGCCUUCCGGUUGGUUGUAUUUAGGUGGUGUUCCGGAGGAAAUUGCAAAUAUUAACUUACCAGAGAGUGGUUUUGUCGGGUGUAUGCUCAGGCUUAAGAUUUCGCAAAAAUUUUUAGACAUUUUCAAUGACGCGGAAGACGGUUAUGGUGUGACAGAAUGCUCUUCUUUGGCCUGUUUGUCUAACCCUUGCAGUAACGGAGCUACUUGUUACUCACACGGGGAAAAAUGGACGUGUCAUUGCAAAAAUGGGUUUUUGGGCAAAAUGUGCGAGAAAUCGGUUUGUGACACCAACCCGUGCCUCUUUGGCGGCACUUGCAUCCAAUUUUCGGGCAGUGGCUACAUCUGUUUGUGUCCAUUUGGCAAACACGGCCACUUCUGCGAAAACGACUUGAAGAUAACUGAGCCGAACUUUGCGUCAACAAUUCGCGGAUUGUCCUCAUAUGUCGCUUACCCAAUCCCCGGCGGAAUUUCGGAGAAUAUGGAAAUCAGGUUCAGAUUUCUCCCAACUGUGAUGGACCAAAUUUCGCUGCUGAUGUUCAUGGGUCAGAAGGGUCACCACAAUUAUUAUUCCGACCACAUGGCGGUGAGUUUCGUCAAGGGUUACAUCAUGCUGACGUGGAAUCUGGGCUCCGGACCCCGGAGGAUUUUCACCCCGCAGCCCAUCGACGAAGGGGCGAAAAACUACCAAGUCAGGGUGGGGCGGUCCGGACGGCGGGCUUGGCUGGAUGUGGAGAAUUUGGGGAAUGUGACUGGGAGGUCCCCGGGGAAUUUAAUCCAGUUAGAUGUGUCCCCGGUUUUGUAUCUUGGGGGACAUGAUUCUUUGAAUUUCUCCACUCUUCCGCAUGAUCUGCCCCUGCAUACGGGAUUCUCAGGUUGUAUUUUCGACGUGGAGCUGAUCACCGGGAAUUUAGUGAUUCCCCUGCAAGGGUCCAGGCAGACAAUAGGGAGAGGCGUGGGACAGUGUGGAACGACGGAAUGUUACGAGCAAAGUUGCCAGAAUGGGGGAAUUUGUCUCCACCAUGCGAGCACGUUCAUGUGUCUGUGCCAGGAUGGAUGGUUUGGCCCUUUGUGCACUUUUAGGAGAAACCCCUGCGAUUCGGAUUAUCACAAAUGCGAGGCUGGGGCCACUUGUGUGCCAGUUAUUUCGGACUAUGAGUGCGAUUGUCCGAUUGGAAAGUCGGGAAAAUUUUGCGAGAAAGAUGAGGACAUUACUGACGUCAAUUUCACCGGCUUGAGAUCAUUCCUUUCUCUCCCACCAACGGAAUUCAGCGAAAAUCACUUUAACAUUGAGAUGGAAAUUCGCCCAUUGGGCGACAAUGGCUUGUUAUUUUUUAUAGAGAAACCUGGAUCCAGUUUCAUUUCAUUAACUUUGUCUAGUGGAAGUUUAGAAUUGAGAAUACUCUCAUACAAAAAUAAAGCUGCCCCGAACGAACCUACGACAAUCAGAAGCACGAAAAUACUGAUCAAAGGCAUUUGGUAUAAAAUACAGUUGGGAAUAUUUGGGAAAAAGGCGUACUUGUCGGUUGAUAACAUAAUCAAUUCUGCAGUUUUGAGUACGGAAAAUGGAAUUAAUAUGUCAAAAGAGAACAUAUUUAUAGGAGGUCACCCCGACAUUUCCACCCUUCCCUUGCUCGCAGUGUCAAAACUCCCCGUCCCUUACAAGGGCUGCAUCCGCGCCUUUUCCGCAAACGGGGUGCACAUUCCGCUCAACAAAAUGAGCAUAUUAAGCGGCCGAAACAUCAACGAUUGUGACGGCACCCCGUGCGGGAAAGACGCCUGUUUAAAUGGGGGCACUUGCUGGCUGGACUCAUUCAUGAAACCGCACUGCUCCUGUCCCCCAGCUUUCUACGGAAAUAAAUGCCAAUCUGUCUCGGAAUGUGACACCGCGAAAUGUAAAACCACUGGAGUGUGUGUCGGCCCCAAGUGUUCGUGUCACCUAGGAUGGGAGGGAGUUUACUGCGAAAGGCAAAUUAAAGUCACGACACCGGAAUUCACCGGCCGGAGUUACCUCAUAGUUAAGAAAAACAACGAAAAAAAGAGAAACACUCCCGGAGUUGAAGUCAAGACGUUGUAUUUGAAUUUUACGACGGUCAAGAAGGAUGGACUUGUCUUGUGGAGUAGAAAAGAAAAUUCGUUCGUUGGUAUGGGCCUUGAGAACGGGUUUUUGAAAAUCGCAUAUUCGGUUGACAACAGGACUGGAACCAACUUGGUUACUUUGCCUUUGUCUUAUAAAAUUUCAGACGGUUUGUGGCACAACAUCGAGCUCAGUUUUGCGCCCUUUUUGAUAAAACUGGACCAAAAUAAAAUUGUUUACAACGGCAAGAAUAAAAAAAUGUUGGAGAACAGCACAAUGUCCACCGAUGGGCUAUUCUACAUUGGGGGCAUUCCCACAAAAACGACCAUCAAGAAGGAGACAAACGGCACUUUUCUCGAUACUUUCGAAGGUUGCAUUGAAGGUUUUGCCACCAAUGGUGAACAAGUCAUCCGUGAUUUUACCCCAUUUGAAGGAAGAGAUGUUAACGUAUGCCGAGUGGUUUAAAUAAUUUUCCACGCAGGGCUGGGAGAAACCUCAUCAGAGAGUAGAGAAUGUUUGUAGAUAUUCUAGAUGUCUUCGUUUUUGUUAGUAGAAGAACAGAGAAGGAGGAAAACGCGGGAUGCAGUUUUAAGUGUUUAUCUUUCGUCACGUAAUCACUGCCAAAACCAAACGCUAUAGAUAAACACUCAUUUAUAAAUAGGACGCACAUGCCAUUUGAAUGAUUUUGUAAGAAAACAAUAGAAGUGUGCAUGGCAAAAUAAAGGAAUUGUUAAGAAUU